AUGACAGAAACACGAAAAUUACAACUUCACCUUGGAAAAUGUAUAGAAGAUUUGGACAAAUUACACAAUGUACCAGAUUUGAAGUCAAAAAGAGCUAAUUUGUUAUGCAAAACAGCUCUAAAAUUAUUUGAAAGUGCUGAAGAGUCCCGUGAGAAGGGAGAUGAGGAGUACUCUUAUGUUUACUACAUGAAAUACCUCCGGGUGAUAGCUUACAUCAGCAAGGACAAGGACUAUCUGAAGGAUAAGACUUAUUACAACAACAUGUUGGGCCCUAAGAACCCGAACAAGGCUAUUGAUCAGGCUGAAAAGCUUAAAAACAGCCUCAUAGACAGGUAUCAGCAGGAACAGAAAGAGAAGCGACUGAAUGAUAUAAAAGAGAAUGAGCUUAUAAAACAGAAGAUAGAUGAGAAUAGGAAGAAAAUGGCCGAGGCUGCUCCCGUCAUAGAACCACCACAGCCACUCGGACUACCAGGUCCAGAUGAGGUGACCAUUAAGAGUGAGAUGUUGUACUCUAUCCUCAAGAAUGGCAGGAUUAAGGUUAUGAUUCUGGAUGCGAGGCCAGGGAAGGAUUACAUUGAGUCACAUAUUAACUACCCUGCCUGCAUCAGUGUGCCCGAAGAGUGCAUUUCUCCUGGGCAAUCGGCAAACGUACUGGAACAGAACCUGCCGCUUGCGUCGCGGCCGGUGUGGGCGGAGCGCGCCAACAUGGAGCUCAUCGUCAUGCUCGACUGGAACAGCACCGCCGUCAUACCCGGGAAGACGCUGCACCUGCUCAAGACUACGCUCCUCAAGUGGGACGUGAAGGUCCAGUACAGCCGGCCCCCGCUGGCGCUGCUGUCAGGAUACGAGGACUGGCUCCUCAAGUACCCCGCCUGCACCACCAACCCACAGGCCGUGCCGCCCAGGCAGGACGACUUCAUGGACGAUAUGUUAGGUGAAAUCGAGUACCCGAACUGGUCGGACCUGAGUCCGUCAGCCGCGGCGGCCCCGGCGGCGCCGCGCAAACCUGGAGAACCUGUCGUAGACAGGAGUAGUAAGGCGGCAGCAGUACAGAUGUACUCGGAGCGCGCCCGCAACAUGGCGCAGAUCCUGGAACAACAGGAACGUAUCGCCGACACAUCACUCACGCUCGAGAUGCAGAGGAUCGAGGCUGAACAGGACUGGGAGAAAGUCCGCGAGCAGCGCGAGGCAGAGAUGCAGGACGAGCUGCGCGCCAUGUACAAGCUCAGGGAACAGGAGAUCAUCUCGCAGCUCAUGCAGCUCGAGAACAAGCAGUACGACAUGGAACAAGAGAACCAGAGUCUUCGUGAGCAGUUGGAGGAGUACCAGCGUAAGGAACGCGAGGAGGCUGAGAAGAUGGCGGAGACUAUCAGCGCGACCUCUGAGGAUACUGAGGCUGCUGAUGCUGAAGCGUCGCGCGCGAUGGCGGCGGCGGCGGCGCGCGAGCUGGCGGCGGCGCGCGCGCGCAUCGCGGCCGUGACGCUGCAGCGGCGCCAGCUCGACCGCACGCGCGAGGCACUCGAGCACGAGCGCAAGCGCAAGCUGCAGCACGCGCGACACAACAAGCCCGACGCGCACAAGCCCAGCCACGAUGAAGAUGGUGAUUCGUACAUGAUGUCGCCGGAUAGUCCGGGAGCCGCCGGGCUAAAUAGAUCGCACUCCUCGCCUAAUAUCGCUAAGGUAUCCUCAGAUGAAGAAGAGCCUUGCGUACCAGCGUUUGACAGGAGCACGAAGCCUACGAAGGUGGCGCCCUCUAGCGACCUGCACCAGAGGGACUUCCAACCUGUUUGGGGAGAUGUGGGUCGAGGACUGACAGGGCUGAAGAACUUGGGCAACACGUGCUACAUGAACUCCAUCAUCCAGUGCCUCAACAACACCGCCAUACUCGUCACCUACUUCUGCAACGGACAGUAUCUGGAACAUGUCAACAGGUCCCACAGCACUCGCGGCGCGAUAGCGGAGGAGCUGGCGGCGGUGGUGCGCGCGCUGUGGUCCGGCCAGUAUCGGUUCAUUGCCACCAGGGAUCUACGGAACGAGGUGGGCAAGCACCAGCGCGCGUUCCGCGGGUGUGAGCAACAAGACUCGCACGAGUUCCUCACCAUCCUCAUGGACUGGCUCCACCUCGACCUGCAGUUCUCCAUCAACGUGCCGCAGCACAAGGACAACCUGCCCCCCUCCGAGAAGGCGUGGCACGAGUACACCAAGUCGAAGGAGAGCCUGAUCCUCCGGCUGUUCUACGGGCAGAUCAAGUCGACGGUCCGCUGCACGGUCUGCGGCAAGCAGAGCGUCACGUACGAGUCCUUCUCCAACCUGUCGCUCGAACUGCCCGCCAACGCCAACCGCUGCUCGCUCAGUGAUUGUCUAAAACUAUACCUGAACGACGAGACGAUACCAGGAUGGAACUGUCCCAACUGUAAAGAGAAGCGAGACGCCCUGAAGAAGCUCGACAUCUCUAGGUUACCGCCAGUACUGGUCAUUCACUUCAAGCGGUUCUACGUGGAUCCUAAAGAAUAUAUGUGUAACGCGUAUCGUAAGAAGCAGACGUACAUAGACUUUCCUUUAGAAGAGCUGGACAUGCGACAGUUCGCGCACUGCACCAGCUCGCACGCGUACAACCUGUACGCCGUGUCCAACCACUACGGCUCCAUGGAGGGCGGCCACUACACCGCCUACUGCAAGAGUAGCGUUUACGGCAAAUGGUACAAGUACGACGACCACGUGGUGACGGAGAUCCCGUCGAGCGAGGUGAAGUCCAGCGCCGCCUACAUCCUGUUCUACAGCACGCGCGCCUCGUGA